AUGGAGCAAGUUGUGAGAUCUGAAAAUUUACACGCACAAAUUUAUAGAGAAAAUUUGAUCUCUGUGCAAUCUAUAUCAGUUAAUGGACUAAUACACUUGAAUGUUGAUCUUGCAGCACGUACAUGCUCUUGUUUAGCAUGGCAAAUGAGUGGAAUACCUUGUGCACAUGCUUGUGCAGCAAUCAGGCUACUUCAUGGCAAUGUGUACAAUUUUGUGGAUGAAUGUUACAAGUUUACUGCUCAAGAACAGAUAUAUGCCACCAGUGUGAAGCCGAUAGCCACACAUGACUGUCCACAUCCAGAAGCAUUGACGGUGACAAAUUUAUUAACCGAAACCUUUUUGGAGCCACCAAUGACUAGAAGGCCUCCUGGUAGGCCAAAGAGUAAAAGAAAGGAAUCUCAAUUCCAAAACAAAAAGGUGUACCAUUGUAGAAUAUGCCAUGAGAUUGGUUGUACCUCUAAGACUUGCAAGAAUCCUAAUCCAUGCUAG